GACUAGCGCUAACAUUACUUAAACGCAAUCCCACAUCAUCACCCAUCACCCCCAUUAUUUCUAUAAUCAUCACCGCUCUCAGAUCAAUGACUUACAUCUAUAUUUCUGGAAUUUCUAUAUGCUGUUACACUUACUUGUUACACUAAUUAUGCACGUGAUACACUAUCAUAAGCACUUUUUUCAACCAAUCAGAUUGCGUCAAUCUCAUGUAAAUGGGAAAGGGAUAAAAAAAAGUAUGAACAGAAUUAAGAAAAGACAUUAAUUUAAAAAGGCAGGAGAUUUGCUACUCUUCAAAAGUUCUUGAAGCGUAAAUAACAUAAUAGAGUGAAAGUCGAUAUAUUUUCUUUCUUAUGCAUUGUUCUAUUUAAGAUAAAAUCGUUCUUCAGAGACCGUUUUCUUGUGUAAAAGCAAAAGAGUAAAUGCCCUUAUACAGUAUUUUUAGACGUAAAAUAAGAUUUAGUCAGUGCUAAGAAUAUGCCAAAUUUGUGUGGUGAAAAAAAAUGGCUACAGCAAAGUGUUUUAAAAAAGCUUUACUACCUGAGAUUCUUUGUUCGGCCUGGCAUUCGAAGGGUUCUUGCCCUUCACACAUGAAUAGCCUUUUAGGUGUUUCUGAUGGGUCAGCACGGCUUACAUGUUUGCUUUCCUUCUUAGAGAAAAUAAUGGAGCUGAAGGAAAAGGGAGGGUACCGAAAGAACCCACGGAGAUAUCCUUAAAGCUUGGGAUUAAGGAGAAAGCAAAAGAAGAGGCGAAGAAAAUCCUCUAGCAUCAUUAUUCCUCGUUGGACUGUAGCCGAAGAGUACAGUACAAAGAGGAAUGAACUAUUCUAAAGGUCCCAGAUAGCUGGGCUGUGGAACACUUUAUAUGUUAAAAGAUUCCAUUCCUUCUGGCUUACAAGGUCAUCUUUUAAGCUGAACUGAAUGUAUGCUUUUCACCAAAUAAUUUGAGAUAUAAGAAAGGAAAAUUAUGUAUUUCUAAACCAAAAUAGAGCUUUAAAGUUGAAACGUAGAGGUGAAAGUGGAAAGGGCUGUACUUUUGAAUAAACGAGAUCUCUUUCUAUUUUUUCAGGAAAGAAGAGAUUCAACGAUAAAGCGUUGGUUGUAGAGAUGAUGAACUCAAAUACGAAUGUGCUUCUAAUAACAUUCUAUACUCAGCGUACAAAUGAUUCUAGCAGGCAACGUUGCUCCUUACACAAUGUAAUACUUCUGGUAGUGACGUAAUACCGAAAGUGGUCGUCACAGUAAUCAAAUGUUACAACCAGACUGAAAGAAAAUCAUUUCUCUUUCAAAAUAUUCCUUGGUUGGUGGUGCCACAAAUUCAAAUUCUACUUUUUAUGCAUUCACCACGCAUGCAUAUUAUUAAUUUUGUGUUAAAAAUGUCUUGGUAUUUUUGUUUUUACAGAGUUUUAACAGCCAAACCACCGGUCCCAGAUGACGAUGAUAUUUGGUCUCUACUAAACCAGGAGCUACACGUGUCGAAGAAAACGGCAAACGGUCACCGGGACAUUGCUGGUUCUGACAUGAGUGGAAGCUCGCCGCAGAUUACAGAUAUCAAAACAUCAUCGCCGAACAAUGGUACUUAUCCGGCUGCUACAUUCGCAGAACCUUCUUUAGCAUCAUCAGUUGAGGAUGCAAAUGAACGAUAUGAUAGUACAACUCUACGUAAAAAACACAGCUGGGAAAUGUCUCCUAUUCGUCGUGGAAACUACAUCAUCGAAAAACCGAAACUUGAAAAUCCUCCUGUCGUCAUCAGAAGGAACGAAAUCACCCUUGUGGGACAUCAAAUGUCAUCUGUUUCCUCAGUUUCAUCAGGACACGAUAGUGCAGUUGGAGAGGGAGGUUCACAUUUGGAGCAUGGUACAAGAGGAGCAUGGAAUUAUGAGAACAAUCGCAAAAUGCCAGAUGUCUCUCACUAUGAUGACCGGGGGUCUCUGGAUAUCAGCCGCGUUGCCGAGGUUCCAGAAAGUAACAGCCUCACUAGAUUCCGUAAAGACGGAGCCAGGCCAAUAUAUUCAUCCACAAUUCAGAGUAAAGGCAGGACAAAGAAAGGCAACAUGGAGAUCUCCAGAAAUCUCAUCAAAAAUCGGAUGACUCCGAUUGAUCCGGCACACGGUACAAAGGACAAUACCACAAACAGUCACGCAGAAGACAAGCGAAAAAAGAAAAAUAGACGAAACAAAAGAAAAAAGAUUAAGGAAACACGAGAAGGAAAAAAGUCCCCCCAAAACGCAGGUUAGUUUUUAUUUUAUUUUUAAAAUUUUAAAGUUGAUUUUGGUGUCUUUAAGCCCCCAUCGACACAAUUUAGAUAAUUUAGAGGUGGUC